GAUGAUAAACGUGAACAAACAGAAUUGAAUCAAGUAAGUCCAUCGCAGGAUACCACACAGAAGGAUCAACAAACAAAAAACGUUGAGUCGAAUGAUCCCGCCGCGGAUGUUGUCACUAAUGAGGAUCGUCUAGCUUCAGGAACGAGCGUAUCAGAAGAGAGUAAAUCGGCAAAUGGUAAUGCUACACUUGGUGUCUUAACUGACUCUGCGGACAGCACAUCUGCCAACUCUAAUCUCACUCAGCAAUCGCCUGCCGAAUCAGAAUCACAAGAAAACACUUCCACUACUUCGCCGAGUAUCGAGAACACUACCACUGAAGCACCAACCACCACUCCAUCUCCUGUACCCAACGCAGAGACCAGCAGCAACAUCGUCUCCACCGUACAGAAUAAGGCUAAUGCUGACAGCAGCAGUAUCAAUCCUGUGUGGUUGCGCACUGCAGCACCGCUACUGAUUGUGGCUGUGUUGUUCUCCGUUACCCUCUACUGA